AUGGAUUCGUUUGUCCAGCCUUCGGAGAUUUUGCUCAAAAGAACCGAUUAUCACGAAGCCGAAGAGGACAUCCCGUACUUUUUCUUCUAUCUUAUUGGGUGAGUUGAUGAUUUUUGGAGCUAAUUUUUUUGCUUUUGAUUACAGUCAAGCCUCUGAACAACAAAUUGCACGCCACCAAAAUUUAAUUCGUUAUAGAUAGGUUGCGUUGUAAAAAGGUUAAUUUUUUCUUACAAUUAGUAAAAUCCCUUAUUUUGGAACUUCCAAAAAUGUCCGUUAUAGACAGGUUUUGCUGGUCUGAAAUUUGGUUUACAGAGGCUUGACUGUAUAUUGCAUGUUAUAGGAGAUUUUAUUACAUUUUCUGCAGGAUUUUCACCAUCUUUUGUGUGUGCAUUUGCUGUGUUGUGAGCCUGUUCUGUUCGCUUUCCCUCAACAACCGACAGGUCAAGCAGGAUGUAAGUUUACACUUUUUUUCUCGAUGAAAACUACUUUAGUCUCUGGCAAAAUUUAUCCAAGUAUUUUUCCAUUAUUCUGUUGUACUCAAGGUUUGACGAAAUGUCACAAAAGUUAUUGAUUUUUUUCAAUAAUUUAUAAGGGGAGUUGUAGCGAUGUUUGAUUACAUUUCUCAUUGUUUAUUACAAAAUUUUACUGCCCAUUUCUACCCUCAAAAAAAGUAUUUUUAGUCCAUAGAACGGCUGAAGAAGAUCCUGGACGAUGAAGAUUACACAUUGCCCGGCAAAAUCCCAGAAUACUACAAGCGUCAUAAGCCUCCAAACGAACCCAUCGAAGAGCUCCCGGAGCCCGCCGUCCUCAGCCCAUAUUGCCAAUUGGAAAGCGUCAAUCAGCUGUAUGAGAUGUUCAACAAACAAAUCGAGCCUCCCGUCAGCGCUGCGCCUUCCCAGAAGACGCUGGAGAAGAGUAAAACGAAAAAGUCGGGAAAGGAUGUCGUGGUGAAUAUGUUCAAGGGAAAAUAA